AAACAAUAUUGAGUUUCUUUUGUUUGCUUUUUGAUGUGAAGAAAGAAAACUAUAUCGGUCGAUCGGUUUUGUUCUCAAACCUUGUAACUAAAAGAACCCUGUUUUUCGAUUCCAAUAGCCAAAACCCAUCUCUUCAAAAAAUCAAAACAUUUGCAUGUUUUUUUCACGUCUGCAAUUAGCGUGGGUGCAAAUUGAAGCUCAGAGAAGUGUGGGAAUGGAGAAAUUCUAGAUAUAGGUUUUGUUUUCUUUUUCUAAUAAGAGAGAGCUCGCUGUUUGUUUCUUACAUGUUUCCUUACAAAUGGAGAACUACCGAGGCGAAGGUGAUUUAAACGACAUAGUUCGGGCAAGUGGUGGUGGUGGUCCGUUGAGCUGUGUCACUAGUCAAGGCUCAAACAUGGUUCCUACUUCAACCUGGCAGCAAUUCCCCUCCGAUCCAUUGAAUUUCACAUCUUCAGCCAUGGAAGGUUAUGGUUUAAACGCUUUCGGUGACCCUUUCUCGUGUAUCUCCGAUCCACUUCUUCAAGAGCCCCACGUGGCUGCUUGCUCGACAUACUUCACCAUCCCUAAUCCAGCCGAUCAUCAUCGCAUCAUCAGUACCAGCUCCACCACCGUUAAUGAUGCAACCAACUUUCCCGAUUUAACAACAAAAGUGGGUCAAAGCAAACUGUUUGAAGAAGAUACGCGGAGUCCUUGCAACGUAUUUUCUCGGAUUCAGAUCUCCCCAGUAAGCUCAAGUAAGCUACCUUUGUCGCCCGGUGAUUCGCCGAUGAUGGCUGCUACCACGGGAGUUUCCCCGAGGGGAAUUAAGGCGCCUGCUGUUCUUCCAAGCGACAUGAUUAAUGCCAAAACCGCCUCCAAACAUUGCUUGAUUGAUAACACUGCCCCAGUGCAGAUCUCAUCUCCGCGGAAUCUGGGUAUCAAGAGAAGAAAGAGUCAGGUUAAGAAGGUGGUUUGUAUUCCAGCACCAGCAGCUGCAAACAGCAGGUCUAGUGGAGAAGUAGUUCCUUCGGACCUGUGGGCAUGGAGAAAAUAUGGGCAGAAACCCAUCAAAGGUUCCCCUUAUCCAAGGGGAUACUACAGAUGCAGCAGUUCCAAAGGCUGCUCUGCGAGGAAGCAAGUGGAGCGAAGCCGAAAUGAUCCCAACAUGCUUGUUAUCACCUAUACAUCGGAGCACAAUCAUCCAUGGCCGACUCAAAGGAAAGCUCUCGCGGGAUCAACAAGGUCUCAGCCAUCCAAAACCAAUAAUACUUCUUCAGCCCCCAAGGAUGAAGAGCUUAAAGACAGCAGCAACGAUGCAUUGUCUCCCACUAAUUUACCUGCUACUGUCAGCUCAUCGGCUAAAGAAGAGAGCGAUGACAUGGAGAAGCAGCUGGAAAUGCACGAUGGUGAAUUUGCCCAAGGAGUACCUCAAAACUACAAGCCAUCAUUAAUGGCAGACUCCCAGCAGGCCGAGGAUUUCUUUGCUGAAUUGGAUGAGAUAGAGACAGACCCUCUGAACCUAUUGUUUCCACGAGGAUUCCAUCAGGAUGAGCGGAAAGAAAAGAAAACAAUGGACCCUUUUGGUUUGUUUGAUUGACCAGGGAACAACAAUGCUUAUUUCUAAUUAAAACAAA